CACAUGCACGGCGCAGAAACGCGAUGGUGAUUAAAUACAGGUUUAUUCGAUGAUGCAGGGUCAGACGGUCCAGGUCAUACACAGUUCGUUCAAUGAGGCAAUACACAAGGGAGCAGGCAAUCUCUGAGUCAAGGUCCAGGCAGGGUUCGGUACACAAGCAGGCUCGGCAAAAGUACAGACAAGGAUCAGGCAAACUCACGGUCAGGUUAUCAGGCACGGGUCUCUCACAGGUAGCAGGAUAUACAGGGUUCAGGCAAGAAUCAAGGGUCAAGGCGAUCAAGGUCAAAACACGAGUGGCUCACAAGAGAAUGCUGGAAAGAGUACAUAAACUAACAAUCUGGCGACUGGGGUAGGUGAGAGGUGGAGGUUAAAUACAGGUGCUGAUUACUGAUGGGUAACAGGUGUGGAUACUGGGAACCGGAGAGUGACAGGAAGUUAACAAAAUAAAACAGGAUGUGCCAGAUGACAUGAAUCAUGACACUGUGUUGACCCUUGAACCCAACUGGUCCACAUUUGUUCCUGGAGAUUCUGUGACCUUCACAUGUGACAUGAAGGAGGGAGAAAACACUGACUGGGAAAUUAGAUUCAUCAAAGAUGGACGAGAUUAUUAUCAUUAUGGUUCAGGUCUAACAUUAAAUCCUCUAGUUACAGGAGACAGUGGUAAAUACCAGUGCGCUGGUCACCACAAGAUUAAUAGUCAUUCAAAAACCAGUAAACCAAUCUAUUUAACUGUAUCAGCAGAACCACCCAAAGCCAGACUGACUGCAGGUCCAUCAACAAUAUCAGUAGGAGACAGCGUGAGACUGAGCUGCUCUGUGGACGGUUCUGAUGGAUGGAAAUACGAGUGGUUCAGACAGACGUCAAACACUUAUGUGACACCAGCAGCUGAUGGAGACAACAGAGAAAUCAGAGUCUCACAAGGAGGCGUCUACGCGUGCGUAGGAAGAAGAGGAGAACCAGCUUUCGACACUCAAUACAGUGAAUAUGUCACCAUCAAGAUAACUUAUUCUAAUUAUGUGUCUGUGAGCCUACAACUGGACUGGACUCAGGUGAUCAGAGGUCAGAUCACUGUUAGAUGUGAGAUCCAGGGAGGUGGAGACACUCAGUGGGUUUAUGACUGGGAAACAACCAGUGGACAAACAAUCACACAGAGAACAUACACUAAUUACUGGACAGUGUCUGCGUUCAGCAGUGGAGGCUACAGGUGCAGAGGAACAAACAGACAGGACUCAGAUUCUUCAACACGGUGGAGUGAAGCUGCUGCACUGACAGUAUCAGGUGCUGUGUUGACCUUUGACCCCAUCAGGUCAAGGUAUUUUACUGGAGAGUCUGUGACCUUCACAUGUGACAUGAAGGACGACAAACGCACUGAGUGGGAAACCAGACUCAUCAAAGAUGGAGAAGAAAUAGCUUCAUAUAGUGGAUACAGAAUAAAAGCUCUGUCUACAGAAGACAGUGGUAGAUACCAGUGUUUUAGAGUCCACAGGAAAACAAAUCACAUAAAAAACAGUGGAACCAUUGAGUUAAUUGUAUCAGAUAAACCCAGAGCCUCACUGACAUCAGACAACACAGUCAUAGCAGCAGGAGGCAGCGUGAAACUGAGCUGCUCUGUGGACGGUUCUGAUGGAUGGAAAUACGACUGGUUCAGAUCAGCAGCUCUGAUCAGAACAAACACUGAAUCUAACAGUAUCAGAAUCACAGAUGGAGGCAACUAUUACUGCAGAGGAGGAAGAGGAAACCCAGUUUACUACACACAGAACAGUGUCUCAGUCACUGUUGAGGAAAGAGUUUCCAACAAGGCUGCUGUAAAAAGGCAGCAUGACUGGCCUGAGAUAUUCAAAGGAGAGGAGAUCACUCUGACAUGUGAGAUCCAGGCUGGAGGAGACACUGAGUGGGAAUAUGAAUGGACCCAAGGCAACGUAAGAAGAACUGCAGAUGGGAGGAAACUCUGGGUUUUCACUGCUUCUGGUUCCAGUAGUGGAGACUACAAGUGUAGGGGUCGACAGAAAACCAACAGUUAUUCCUCAACAGCAUGGAGUGAUCCUCUACGUUUGACAGUAACAGCAUCAAAACCAAAAGCUGAACUGAGAAGUGAUGAGACAGACAUCCCAGUAGGGGGCAGUGUGACGCUGGGCUGCUCUGUGACGUCAUCAUCUGGUUGGAAAUAUUACUGGUACAGAGACAAAUCCUCUGAGGUCCUGAUCACACAAGAUGGUGAAACCAGUGUCUCUCAGGAAGGACUGUACUGGUGCAGAGGAGGAAGAGGAAACCCAGUUUACUACACACAGUACAGUGACUCAGUGAGGAUCAACAAAAAUGUCCCAAACAAGGUGGUCGUGACUCUUCAUCCCAACUGGACUCAGUUGUUCAGUGGAGAGACGAUCACUGUCAGAUGUGAGAUUGAGGACAGAGGAGACACUGAGUGGGAAUAUGAAUGGAAAACACCAAGAACAACAAACACACAACAGAAUGAAGUCAACAUCACCUCAGCUUCUUCAUCCCACAGUGGAAACUACAGCUGUAGAGGCAGAAUGAGAAACGCUCAACAUGACACAACAGAGUGGAGUCAAUCCAUCAGACUGACAGUCAGUUACAAUAAAGCCCAGUGUGUCCUCACAGCGUCUCCAUCUUGGCUGAGUCCUGGAGCCUCAGUAGCUCUGAGCUGUGAGGUUGAGCCUCCAUCUGCAGGAUGGAGGUUCUACUGGUACCAGACUGUUCCUGAUGGCUCACACAGCUCCUACAGAUAUGAGCUGCUACCUGGUAGUGAGCAUGGGACUGAACAGGGCUCCUACAUGCUUGAUGGACACACACACACAGCAGGAUAUGUGUGUAGAGCUGCAAGAGGAGAACCAGUGUAUUACACUGACUACAGCAAAGCAGCAUUCGUCUGGUCUGGAGAUGUUGAUCCGUCAGCGUCUCUCACAGUGAGUCCUGACAUAGUUCAACACUUCACCCGUGACUCUGUGUCACUGAGCUGUGAGGGAAACUCUACUGAGUGGAGAGUCAGGAGGUUUCCUGAAGGAGGCUUCCUGUCAUCCUGCUCCUACUGGACAACAUCUGGAUCCAGAUGUGACAUCAUCACAUCACAGUCUGGUUCUGCAGUGUUCUGGUGUGAGUCUGGAUCAGGACACUUCAGUAACUCAGUCAACAUCACUGUUCAUGAUGUAGGUCCAGGUUUGAUCCUGAUGAGUCCUGUCCGUCCUGUGACUGAGGGACUCUCUGUGAGUCUGAGCUGUAAGUUGAAGACAGGACAAAAACCUUCCAGUGUGUUUUUCUAUCACAAUGAGCAACUGAUCCAAAACGACAGCAGAGUAGAGCUGAACAUCUCUGCAGUGUCAAAGUCACAUGAAGGUUUCUACAAGUGUUGGUCCCAAGGAAGAGAGUCUCCACAGAGCUGGAUGGCAGUGAACGCUUCGAAGUCAAGCAAUGGACAUAUUCCUGUGAUGUUGGUUGUUGGACUGGUUUGUGGAGUCGGUCUGCUUCUUCUUCUUCUGCUCCUUUUAUGUCGUUUCAGACGGUCCAAGGGUUCAUGUUACAUCAGGCCAACUCAUUCAGGAACCGUAUGGACCUCCAACACCACUCCCAGUGUCAGCCAGAAUCAAAACCAACCUGAAACUGGUAUCUAUGAAUCUGUGAAUGACUCUGAAAACACUGGAAAAGAUGUUUCAGAUGUCACAUAUUCUGUCAUUGAACUGAAAUCCUUUGAACAGAACAGAAGGCAGCAUAAACCAGCAGAGAGCCCAGUCUACUCUGACCUGAAGAUACGACCUGCAGACGAUGCUCUGCUCUACGUCCAGGUCAAACACAAAGACAAGAGAAAGAGGGUCAAAGGAAAACCUUGUGCUGCAGCCACUGAUGAGCUUCUUUAUUCUCAGGUCAAACCUGGAACAUCUUUUAGCAGCAAUGCAGCCAUGUAGCUUAGUACGACCACUUAUUCUGCAGAUGUGAUGCAUCGGUAGAACUCAUGUAAAGUAAAGUAGUUAAAUAACGAAUUGUCAGAUCUUUGAUCAGUCCAUGUUGUUGUUUUCCUUUAAUUCUGUAAAUAACACCAAAUGUUUCUGAACAAUUUAAGAAAAAAAAUUAUAAUGUAUCCUAUAUAUACACACAUGCACACUGAGGUGAUGGGUAAUUCCACCAUGGAUUGACCAGAUAUUGCACAAGGUAAAAGUUUGCCCAAACAUUUGUAUGGUGACCACAGUAUAAGGUGAAAUCCAUUAACUAUAGUCUAAGGUACUGACACAGAGCUGCACAGGUUCAGCUUCAUUAGGAUCAUGUGUAUUUAGUUAGUUUAAUGUUGGUUGUUACAUUAUGUAAAUCACUGUGUGUGGUUUAUGAUGCAUUGGAGGAAUUUUACCCUUAGUCUUCACCAGCUUUAGUUCAGUCUGGCUGAACAUUAACACGGUCUUGUCUGUUUUUGCUGUGUGUGUCAUGUUUCACGCCAUGUCUUGUUGUCACGCCACGUCCUGUUUUAUUUUGUUAACUUCCUGUUUCAGUCAGCUGUCACUUACCGGUUCCCAGUAUCCACACCUGUCAGUAAUUAAGUAAUCACCUACAAGUAUAUAGCAUCCACCUCGCACAGACUCAAGCCGUCAGAUUGUCGAGUUUCUUAAGUCCCGAACUUCUUUCCAGCGAUUCAUGUAUAGCCUCUUGUGUUUUGACCCUGAUUGCCUUGACCAUUGUAUCCUGCCUGAACCUCGUCUGUACCGUAGUCUGUGAAAGAACCGUGACUGACCAUCUGACCGUGAGUUUGCUUAAUCCUUGCCUGUACCUUCACCGAGACCUCCUGUGUACCGAAUCUUGCCUGAUUACUGGACUAGAGAUUGCCUGCUCCCCUUUGUACUUCAUUACUGAGCCUUUGUGUAUGACCUGGACCGUCUGACCCUGCCUUGCAAAAUAAACCUGUGUUUAACCAUCA